GAGGGAGUUUGCGUCUCUUCGAAGCUUCGGUACUUGCAGGAUCAUCGUGGCCUCUGUGCAGAGUUUCGGAGUUUUUGCCCAGAGCAGUUGUAGAGGUUUGUUAGGAUGCGUGUUUAUUUUCCUUUUCAAGGGGGGCGUUACGCGAUUGCUGAGUUGUUUCAGGUGGAAGAGCCUGUCGCCUUAGGGUUUCGUGGUUGGGAGUCGUCUUUUUUCCGUUUUGGAUAUGAAUGUGGUGUGGGGAUUAUGUUGAGGGUUUAGGUGCUUCGGAAGCGCUGGGGCCAUCGUUGUGAUUUGAUUCGAAGUUGAUUAUAAUACGUGGGAGUUAGGAGGAUUUUGUUUUUUUUUUUGUUUGUUGUUGUUAUGAGCAGGAAUUAGUAGUUUCGUCAGAAUGGGAGGCCAUGGUGGUCUUAACAUCCUGCCGCAGAAGCGGUGGAACGUGUACAAUUUCGAUAAUAGAGAAAAGGUUAAGCGAGAUGAAGAGAAAGCUGCUCGUGAAGAGGCCAUAGAGAGACAGCAAGCUCGGCAACGAGAGGCCGAAUUACGUCUCGAGAAGCUGCGGGAAGUUGCACAAGCGAAGAGGAACGGUUCUUGUGAAUUCCGAGUUGCAGACGGCGAAGGUACAGCAGAGCAGCCACUGCUGGGAAACGAACAAGAGAAUGAGGUCGCGGCUCUGGCCGAAGCUGAAGGAGCGAAGCAUUUCAACCUUUUUGAAAUUGCUGGUCAACCUGAGCAAGGAACCGCGAAAGCCAAAGGCAACAACGAUUGGAUCAACGACCUGAAAGUAGGAACUAGAGGAGGUCUUGACAAGCAGGACAUACGGGAGUUGAAGAAGAUGGAAAAGUCAAAGGAUCGCGCUCCUGAAGAUGAAGGAUAUGAAUUUGGUUGUGGACUUGUCGGGAAGAGUGGUAAGAAACCUUGGUAUGCUACGAAGCGUUUUAUGGUGGAGAGAACCAGCGAUGGAGGUGUCGGAUCGCGCAUAUCGAGAUCAAGAAGCCCUGAGGAAAGGCCUUCCAAGCGGAGCAGAAGAAGCGAGGAGAAGUCUGGAAGGUCUGAAAAUCGGGCGAAGAAGGAAAAGAGAGAGAAGAGUGGGCGGAAAUCAAUGGAGGAGCUAAGAGCAGAGAGGGUGCGACGAGAGCAGCAGGAAAGGGAUAGAGCUCAAAAGUUGUUGCUUGCCAACAGGAAAGUGAAUGGUGAUGGAGUGUAUGGCAUCAAUCGAAGCGGUCGGCCAUAUUAUCAUCAAAGCUUUGGUAAUGCAAGAUGAUUUAUACAGUACUCUAAAGUUCGUGUCGCACUUUUUUGAAAUUUUUUAAUUUGGGGUUUUCAGUUCUCCUUUCGACGCAUUCUGAGGACGCAGACAGAAAGUGCACGUUUGAGUUCUCUGUAAUCAUAAAGGAUAUCGGUAUGCAGUCUUACUUUAGCAUUUACGACGCAAGAAACAUCAAUAAUAAUGUGUUUUUUGAGAGAAUUUCUGCGAAUCAGCGGACAUUGAAAAAAACAUUCAGUAUAUAAAGUAUGCCUCUUUCCAUUUCUUGGUGGCAAUGGAGGUCCUAAAAUCAUGGCAA